GAAGUUUCUUGGACGACGUCUUGCCUUUUCCUCUACGUUCCAGAUCGAAGAGUCGACGAACAAGGGAAGAGGGACGAUGACGAUGUCGACCUAUGCCUCUUCCUCCAAUGCAAGCAUGGAGGACGUGACGGCGACCUCGGCCGCUCUUGCUCCUCCUGCAGCAGCUCGGGAGCAGCAACGAGACCGCCAGUCGUGCUACAACCUCUAUUCCGCCGACACCAACGGCGACGUCUUUCUCGUGCAAUUUCCCGUCGCUUCGUCCUCGUCCUCGUCCUCGUCUUCGGUACCAUCGAGCUCUGCUGCGACGUACGAGCCGGUGCCGAUCCGGGGAGGUCGCAAGAAGGCAUCGUCAUCUGAGCGCGCUGCACAGAAGCUGGCGUAUGGACAGCUCGCGGACGGACAGCGCGUCCUGGCUAUUGCGAGGCGGGAUGCGACCAUCGACGUCGUCUCCGUCUCGUCUUCGACCGAGGAAGGAGAGAGUGAAGCCGAAACAGUGAAAGUCGUCGAAGAGGGGCAGGUUGGGGCGAGGCUGCUCGUCACGCUGAACGAGCCGAGGAUGAAGCCGGGCCUGCAGCGCUGGGUCGGCCUGGCGGUCCACUCGCGGGGCAUCGUGGCGUGCGCCUCGUCGGGCGCCUUCACCUUCUUCCCGCUUGCGUCAAGCUACAGCAAGGAGGAGGAGGAGGAGGAGGAGGAGGAGGCGGAAAAGGUAGUAGGGCAAGGCGUCGAGCUGGCGGAGGCAGAAGUUGUCAGAUUGGAGCUGCCCGGCCCGUUGCAGCAGCUCGUCUUCCACCGCGAGGGAGCGUCAGAGGACCCGACGCAUUUUGCGUACGGCGGCGAGGAGGUGCCGCUCAGCCUGUGGGAUCUGAACAAAGCGCUGAGCGAGGCGCCUGGGCCGGAGAACGUCGAUGGCCAGCACGGAGGGAGCGAAGCAGCGGGCGAAGUAGUGGCGGAGGACGCGCAAGCGAAGGUGGCGGGCGAGAAUGCAAAGGCGAGGAAGCGCAAGAGGCAGGCCGAAGCACGGCAAAAGAACAAGGAGCUCGUCUGGGGCGAGAUCUGGCGAGCCAAGAAUCUGCCGAACGAUGCGCUGUCGCUGCCACAACGGGCCAACAUCGUCUGCCUCGACUUUGUCAGGGGCAUCGACGAGGAAGACGAGGAUGAUUUGUCAGAGGGCAAGAGGCAGCAGGCAACUGCUGCCGAUGCGAUACCCGCGAAGCUCCACGUCGUCGUGGGCACUCGCACUGGGCUCGUCCGCGUCUAUCACCCUUCGAGUGGCGUCCGAAAGCACACGAGCGAGCAUCACAUCUUCCCCGAUGCCUCACCCGUCAAGACGAUGACCUCAGGCUGCAGUCCCGGCGAGAUCUUUGUGUCGGACACAUCUGGAAAGCUGUUUGCAGUCGAGUGGUCGAGGGGAAAGACGCUGUAUUCCUACAAGGACAUCACAGGCGCCAUCUCGGGUCUGGUGCCACUACCGGCACCCCAGGCUGCUGAACCCAAGAGUGGGGCAAAGGGGGAGACACAUGCGUCAUUGCCAUUGCUGGCCAGCACAUCGCUGGAUCGUAUGGUCAGGCUGCACUCGACUGUGCCGCCUCCCGUUGCGCAGGUCAAGGCCAAUGGAAAGGAACCAGUCAAGAGGCCGGCAGUAUCCAACAAGAGGGGCCAAGUCAUCGCCUCUGUCUUCACCGGCGGUCCAGCUGCCGUGGCUUGCGUUUGGGACGGCAAGGUUCCCACGAUUGAGGAAAGCGCAGAGGAUAAUCUUCGAGCCGGGAAAGGCAAUGGAGAGGGGGCAGAGAGCGAGGAAGAAGACGAUGACGAGGAUGAGAUCUGGGAGGAGAUGGACCAGGUCGGGACAAAGAUGAGGAAGGGCAACUCUGGAGGCGGCAAGGCUGCCGAAGAAGAAGAAGAGGAAGACGAGGACCAAGAGGCCAAAAAGGAGCAGAGAGCAAAGCGGCGUCGCUGAGAGAGGAAAGCAAUUGUUCUUUUGUUUUCAUUUUCAGACAGCAUCUUCAAUACAAUCUUCACACUUUCUGUCACUUUUUGCGCUGCGAGGCCAAAGUGCCUUCGUAGGUGCUCUUGGCAGAGGGGCGGGCGUCCAUCCGGUCGGACCAGGCGGCAAUCCAGGGAAACCUUGCGU